UUGAAGUUUUUCCUAAAAAAUCAUUAGCUCUUGUCGGAGGUUCAGGUGAUAUGUCAGGCAGCAAUCACAAUGUGAUUGAGAGAGAUUUAAAAGAACGACAACAAGCACCGCAUUAUUAUACUCGUACAUAUCGGUCCAAUGGCGUAGUAACUAAAAGUAUAGUAAUCACAGAAACGGCGGUACCUUUUGUUCCUCCCCCCGAUGUAAUUUCUGGAUUUGGAACAUUGACACUCUAUUAUCCAACCUGUAAUGUAUUUGCCUGUCAUUGGGGUUUUACAUAUAAUGAUACAGCUGCUGUUCGCACAAUUGGUGUAAAGUUUGUAGAAAAUUCACCACCGGUUACACUUUAUCUUACAAGUACAAUAACCACAACAGUAAAUAAAAAUUACCAAAAUAUACCAACGACGACAGUAAGCAAUAAUACUUAUAAUUCUUUAGCAUAUGAUAAAUCUAAUAAUUUGUAUCAAAGUGAUGUAAAAUAUAUAGUUGUUGGUACUAUUGGAGGCGCUGUUGUCGGUAUACUUAGUGAAAUAGAAGACCUUGAAGAGAUGAGUAUACGAGAUGAAAAGUUUAGUAUGUUAAUAACAGAAAAUAAUAUAGAAUUAGAAGAAGAGUGGCAUAAAGUAGUCGACAAUUAG